UUUGUGCGGUGUUCGCUUGCGUUUCAGCUUAUUAGGUAUCCGCUGGCAAAAUUUGCAGGAAAUCAUUUUUGUUUUGAUUUCUUUGUUUUGUUAGCCCCCUUUUUCCAUAAACAUAAUGGAAAACCCUGGUCACCAGGCUUCACGCAAGAGUUGGGCAAAAUUAAAAACAACCCAGCUUGUCAGACCAAAUUGAAGUAAUCUGAACAAUCUUUCCUAUUAAACAUGUCGCUGUUUAACACCAACUCGCUUGAAGUUUUACCAUGCUAAGGUAUAAUCGACACGCGACUGAUACAAUUAGCUUACCGGGCUCUUUGAUCAACAAAUAUCACCGAUUUACAAACUAUAAUUGCUUAAACUGACUCGAUUUUUUCGACUGAUAGAAAUUAAUUACCUAAAUUUUAUCAUAAAUCAUUACCGGAAUUUGUACCUUUUAGUUAGUAUCGUCUGAAUUUGUAUAGACUUAAAGCAGAGCCAUUAUUUUUUUGCUUCAUAAUGUUUAGUGGACUGAUUAUUUUUGAUGUGUUGUUUUUUGAUUGGUAUAUGUGGAGCGAAUAUUUGCAUGGCUUUACGCUUGAAACAAUUUGCUCGUUAUUGUAAAAUAACCUUUUCGUAAAAAAGCGCACUUUGUUCAUGCGCAUCGGCUGUUUAUUCUGAUUUCUGCUGUUUCUUACCAAUUACAAAAUUGGCGUGAUCUGAAUUGGUUCUUAUCAUAAUUUCCUUAUCACAAUAAACUGAUUUUACUGUCAGUUGGAAGCAUAAUUGAGUCUCAACCUGAUUGCAAGUCUAGUGUUGACGUUUGUUACCAUUUCUUCAUUUUUUCAUUAUCUUUAACCUUCCGCAUCCGACUUUUUUUUAAUCCGUAAAAAUGCUGCAAGGUAAAUUUGUAUUUGCAACAAUUUUACAAUCAUUGAUACUACCUACAUUAUCAUCCGAAAGCAAUAUUUGCGGAAACAGCUCUCAAAUCGCUCAAAUCUACACCGGCGAUUUUCACGAAAACUCGUGCGAAAUCCUGCAAAAUGACACGAAUUCUCGUUAUGGUAACGAGACAGUUUGUAUGAGUUGCUACAUGAAGAUUUCUAAAGUCGCUGAACGAGAACAGAAACAUGUUUACGGCAUCGCAUACAUACCAGAUGAAGACAUUAAUUUGAAGCAUCGUCAUAAGCUGAACGUAACAGAGAGGGUGCAUUGUGCGAAUGUGACUAAUCAAUCUUCUUGUGAAAUCAAGCCGGAAAUCAAGAUUGUGACUAAAAAUAAAACGAAGACCAUGGAAACUGCAGAGGGGUUUGAAAUCCGGAUUCUGAAAUAUGCGAAUUCAGAAAACAGGACAGACGAAGUGUUUGUGGAAGUGAUUAUAAGCAGCAGCCGAUUCAGAGAAUUCGAGUAUCCCGACAUCAUUGUGGACUACGUGCCCGGGUUCAAGUUCAAACCAUGCUCCAAAUACGGUUUCACUCUUAAUACUUUACCCAAGAAGAGUGUGAUGGAUGGUGGGAAUAUGAGACCCCAUAACUUCACCACACAUGGCCUGCCUUCUCUGGAAAUAUUGCAGGCUGGUAUUGGUAGCUUCCCGCAAUGGAAGGAGAAACCGGAGCGAAAUUGUUCCAAAAAAGUAAGUGUCCAUUUGCAAGUUAAAAGUUAAUAAAAUUGCGAAAUU